AUGUCUGUCGUCGCCGUGACAUGGGUCUGCUUCAUCUUCUUUCACGAGAUGAAGAGAGAAAAGCUGCGGGACCUGUUCUUCCUGUUUCCCGGCGGGGUGGAGAACGUGUGGGUGAAUAGAGACUUCUCCUCUUUGGCAGAGAAGAUUGACCGCCGCGAUGCAAUCCAUCGUAAGCUCGAAGAGGCCGAAACGUUCCUCGUUAAGGCUACCCAACGGGCGUGGAGAAAAGCGGGCAAGCCGGUGUUGAGACCUGACAGCGUGUUGGAAGUCGCAACCAGCGGGUACGAGAGGUCGAAAUCGACGUCUGGGCAUCGGAUGCCCCGAGUUCCAGGCCUCAGUCGUAUGGAUUCCGAGAAGCAAGGGAAAUUAUCCAUGAGAGACUCUGGUGAUGGCAGCGGUGGCGGUGGCGGAGGCACUGACUGCGAGAAACAUGACAAGGUAUGGCCUUGGUGGGAGAUCCUGAGCAGUGACGACCGACCCUCCCAUCGGCUGCCGCUCUUUGGCUUGCCAUGGCUUCCCGGGAUCGCGCCAUUCUCGAAGAGGGUCGACACCAUAUACUGGUGCCGAGAGCAGCUGGAUGCUAUGAACUCGGAAAUCGAACUGCUGCAGAAGAACCUAGAAGAUCGCUUUCCGCUCCUGGACUCGGCAUUCAUCCAAUUCAAUACGCAGGUGGCAGCUCACAUGGCCUGUCAGAGCGAGAUUCUCCACCUCCCGGGGCAGAUGACCCCCAGGAUCAUCGGUUUCUGCCCCAAGGGAGUCAUCUGGGCCAACCUGGGCCUAUCCUACCGGGCCAGUUGGUUCCGAUCGAUGGCGGCGUACGGCAUUCUGCUCGCCAUGAUCUCGCUUUGGUCCAUUCCCGUGGCCUGGACGGGAGCUCUGAGCCAAAUCGACCAGCUUGUCGAGGGGAGCCGCUGGGAGUCGCUUUUGGAGGACAGAUAA